AUGCCACCUAUCUUCAAGGAACCAGACCUGACUGCCGAAGACAUUGCGCGUGGUGACAGACACAGGACCCACGGCAGCCCUUGGGUUCUUUUCCUGCGCCCUCGCAGCGACUUCGACGGAUCCGCUUGGUGUACGGUUCACCAGAACGCCUGGGAACUCGUCUUGAAAGUUCUACGUUUCGCCAGAACCGUAGACGACGCCUACUACGAGGCUGCCAUGGUCGCAAUGCGUCGUUGGAACGCGGAUCAUGCAAUGUCGGCCGAUCCUACUCACUUCCUGAUCUAUCUGGAACAGCAAAUUCAGAUGGAAGGUGGUCGCCUUCGUGAAAACUCUUACAUCUGGAGAGCUUAUUCCGAUUGUAAUGGCCCUCAGACUCUGACAUUCUCGCGUUUCGAAGACAGCUCCCCGACCGAGCCUAACCUCGCUGUUGACGAGACUAGUGCCGAGUUCUUCCUCGCGGAGACUAUGCUCAACUACCGCUUGCGCAGUCUUGCUUACAUCAGCAAUGAGGAAUGCAAGGUUGAGCUUAGGCUCGACAGAAGAUCGCUUCUAGGCGUUCCACUCACGAGUCCGGCCAUGGUGAUGGAUGCGACUAGAGAGGCUUACACUGCUGUCAACAAGGUAAUACCGAAUUGGCUGACGCUGCAGCUUCCAGCACAUCUAGCUCCUCUGUCAUUGUCUUCGCCUACUCCGUCCCAUGGUAGGCAAACUCCUUCUCAGGGCAAUCCCCUUGGUAUCAUCAAACGCCCUCAUAAGUGCCCUUUCUGUAGGUCCUGCUUCAGUACUGAACCUAGACGUGACACUCACAUACAAUCAGUCCAUGGUGGUCAAAUCGCAUUGGCCGCUCAACAACACGCUACUGACCAGAUUCCAGCUGCGCCGACGACUUCGGCUCCCCCUGGCUGCGCUCCUGCCUCUGACACUCCUCUUGGGUACGCUCCUGCCUCUGCUAUUCCUUGGGAAUAUGCUCCUACCUCUGCUAUCCCGUUGGGCCCUCAAAGUUCUGCUACAGCCGAACCUGAGAUUGGCGACGAGGAGGAGACUGGCCCCGUCGAGAUUGUACCUCACGGCUCCCCUGACAGUGUUCAGCCUUGA